AUCUGUCAGUCUCUUCACUAGCAAAUCCGCCAUAUUCGUUAGUUCGUCUUUCGUAUAAUAAAUAAAAUAAAACUUAGUAGAGACCACGCAAGUUUUACAAUUUGCUAAGAAAAACAAUCUAAGAAGUAUUUAAUUUUAAAUUUUGGAAAUUUGUAACCAUUCGUGAUAAACAUCUGCUUCGUUUAAUUAUUGACUUUUUGAACUUCUGUAUGUUUUUUUGAAAACUAAUCCAAACUAAAAGCAAAACUAACUAAAGUAAUGAAUUUUAAAUAUUUGGAUGUUUUCAUAAGGUUAAUAAGCCAAGUCUUAAAAAUUAACCAACUGUUUUGAAAAAUAAAUAAUUGUUACGUACGUAGCAAUUUUUAAUACACACAAGUACUCAAUCGUACUUUUGACAUGUCGACUUUUAUACAUGUGUAUGUAUGCGUGUUACGCAUAAAAAAAAAUUAAUAUACCAAAUAAGUAGUAUUUCUGCAACUUAAAAUAAUUCAACGAACCAAAUUAAAGAUGGGGGACCGCGACAUCCCGACCGUACCUGUAACAACAUUGGCUGGUUUAACCAGCACAUCUGAUUUGCUAAGCGAGCUACCAGUGUCAGAUUCGCUUCAGAGUGCAGCUUCCUUAAAUAAGUCGCUCCUGUUUCAUACGUUGGUUGCCAAUGAAUCAAACAAUUUACUUUCUGUUCGUGACGAAAAUCUUGUGCGGCAGUUGGUCAGUGCAAUCGAAAGAACUAAUUCUGACAACAUCGAGUUAAAAUCAAAUUACGCUUUUGAAGAACAAGGAGAUAACAUUGGAUCUUACCCAGAGCUACUUCAGGGAAUUUACAACUUUCGGCCAUCGGUUUUUAAUACUUCAUUUAAGAUUCUCUCUACUGACCAACAUAUUUCAAAUAUUCGAUUUGAUAAAAGCAAAACUCAACUGGAUUCAUACAUAGAAGCGGAAUGUAAAACACCAACUAAUUUAUCAACUUUAAAACAAGAUCCAUUAGAGAAUCAACUUUUGCAGACAUGUGCGGAUCGGUUUACGAGGAUGCCUUCAAUAAACAUUAACGGAAAGCCAAGAAAGAAAGCAAAUUUUUCAAAUUCUGAACAAAAUCAGAAUAAGAUUUUAACAUCAAAUAUUAAAAUUGAAACUUUAAACACAGGCGCAAAUCUAACCCAAUCUAUGGCACAAGAACAAUAUUUAGUCAACCAUAAAGAUCUUAAUUUGGAUUCCAAGUAUGAAUAUAAUAAUACAUCAACAGGCUAUUGUCAACCCACUGAAAACAUAUCUGAUAUUUUUUCACAUGCCUUAGAGCCGUUAAAUUUUGAUAUAGAUUCUGAAAACAAUCGAAAUGAAAUAUGUUUACAAAGUCAACCAAUAAUUGUAACAGAAAACACUAAAUUACAAAACACUUCAUUACAAUAUGUAAACAAAAAAUCGCCAAUACAAGCCAAUAACGCCUCCACUUCGAACCCGCAACAGUUGCCAGAAAGUUCAAAUCCACUUGUUAUAAAUAAAAGUAGCCUUACACAAAGUUCAGAACUUCAACAAAACCAUCAAGCGUCAACAGCUACAUCGACCUCCACUUCAUCAAGUGGCAAAUCUCAGGUUCGGUUUGUACAAAAGUCACCAGAAUUGGCUAGAAGUAUGGGGUUACUACAAGAACCGGCUCAGCAACAACAUGAAAACAAAAAUAUGCUGGCCAUAGCUGCAGUAUCACUAACAGAGAGCGGGUCUGGUAGAACUGUUUCUGACAUACAAAGCAUUCCAAUUGAUACGUUUUCGACUAUAAAAGCCGACGAAAAACGAUUUUCUGGAAAACGAAAACUGGCCAUAUCAAUUGGAGACAUUCCACCGGAACAAAUAUUCUCUAAGCCGAAAAUGCGUCGGGUCGAGAGAAUUAUGCCUAUAUUGAACACAAAAUGUUUAAAGGAUGAAGUGGUUCGUUCGCAGACAUAUCAACAAUUUAUGCGCAAUAUGGAUCAAAUAAUUGAAAUAUUAGACGACAGUGAAUCUCCUAAUUUUGACUCAGAAGACGUAGAUGAGAAUAUUGAGUGCAUUUCACCAAAACUUCUUAAUACAAUGAGUACGGACGUUGCCAAGUUAAAAGCUAAGAACGCUUUAGACUCCAUACCUAAAAAUAAGUUAACUCUUCUUAUUAAUUACGCAAUGCGCAACGUUUACUUAGCAAGGAAUUAUUUUGCUGGACCGGAUGAUGAAGAGGGCAUUGUAGAUGGUGAAGUAAUUGACAAAAUACUUAAUGCAAUGGAUGCUUGCUUGCUGAUAUGUACCAUUUAUUCUACAGUUAGCGAUCUUAAGUUUUUACAAGAGGAUAAUAUAUCACACAUUUUAAAAUUUACACAAUUUCAACUACGUGAAACAAUAUUUCCUCUCCAUGAUCCGGUUUAUACAGUCAAAAGUAUAAAAAAAACCCAUAACCGCAAAAAAAUAAAGUCCCAUCAAGCUCACAGUAGAAGUCUGCAGCUAUUCUACUCAAAAACUGUGGAGCUUUUAAAAGUUUUUGUAACACUAUUCGAUAAAUGUGUUUUCGUUGAUACUAUUGUUUUGCCAUUGUCGACAUUGGCUAUUGAACCGUUCUUUGUUGAUAACAUAGAGACGUUGCAGUUUGUGUGCUUGGAACUCGUUACCACAAUAUUUCGCAAGGAAAGGUACGAUAAAAUUCGGAACAGCAUUUUAGGAGAUAUUUUGACAUCGAUUGAUCGUUUACCUUCAUCCAAAAAAAAUCUUCGUCCAUACAAACUAACAAAUAACGGAGGAAAUAUUCAAAUGGUUACAGCACUUGUGCUUCAAUUGAUUCAAUGCGCUACAAUUUUACCAGACACACUUUGUGAUAACGGAAAACUAAGUAAUAAGACUCAACUUAAUGUUGCUAUUGACAACGAACUUCCAAGUGUUGCUAAACAAAUAUUACAACCAAAUCAGGAUAUACUUGUUCUCCAAAAGUAUGAUGUUGCUGUCAGUAUUGGCGGGCAUUUCUUAACCACCUUUUUAAACAAAUGCAAAUCACGGUCUAAUGAAACUGAUUUUCGACCUCUUUUCGAAAAUUUUAUCCAUGAUUUACUUGCCACCGUCAACAAACCCGAAUGGCCCGCAUCUGAACUGUUGCUUUCACUUUUGGGAACGAUGCUAGUUCGCUAUGUGUCUGAUAAAGGUAUAGAACAGAGUAUUCGCUUAGUUUCAUUGGAUUACUUGGGCAUAGUGGCCGCUCGACUGCGUAAGGACACUGUUGAGUCUCGAUGUAAGGUUAACAUAAUCGAUUCAAUGAUAAAAUCAAUAAAAUUAGAACAAGAAAAAGAGGGAGAUUCAAUUACGAGUAAUUCUCAUUAUAAACUACAUCCGGAGGAGCACAGAAUUGAGUUUCUCCAGCAAAUUCUGCUCGAUUUUUUGGCUGUAAACGCUCAAGAAGAAAAUUUAAUAUGGGACUAUGCCCGACACUUUUACUUGGCACAAUGGUAUCGGGAUGUAAAUAAUCAAAGACGUCGAAUAAAGGACGGCGAAAGAGGAUUGACUUUGAGAAAUACUACAAGUCGUAUUAAGCAUAGAAAUGAUGGUGAAUACUUGGACACAUCUGAUUCUGGAUCGUGUGAAGAAAUUGAUACCGAAGAAACAAAAAAAAAUGGAAACUCCUCGAUUGGUGAUUCAAAACUUAAUAUUGAAAUGUUUAAAGUUUUGGAUGCAAGAAAACAAUACUUAAUAAACAAAAUUAAACCAUUCGCUGUUUUAUGCGAACAAAACCAUUCAUCAAGUCAGCACAUAAAAACGUACAUAGAUUAUAACAAUGCCCAGCUAAUAGCGCAGUAUCUGGCCACCAAAAGACCUUUCAGCCAGUCCUUUGAUGGAUUUAAAAAAAUUAUUUUAGUCGUUAACGAACCGUCAAUAGCAGUGAGGACACGUGCAAUGAAAUGCCUUGCUAACAUUGUUGAAGUUGAUCCUUUAGUUCUGAAACGAAAGGAUAUGCAAAUGGGAGUAAACCAAAAAUUUUUAGACACAGCCAUUUCAGUACGAGAAGCUGCGGUAGAUUUGGUUGGAAAAUUUGUACUUAGUAAUCAGGAAUUAAUCGAUCAGUAUUAUGACAUGCUAUCGACACGGAUACUGGAUACUGGUGUCUCUGUACGAAAAAGGGUCAUUAAAAUUUUAAGAGAUAUAUGUAUCGAGUAUCCAGAUUUUGGAAAAAUUCCGGAAAUUUGCGUUAAAAUGAUACGACGUGUAAAUGACGAAGAAGGCAUUCAAAAACUUGUUACCGAAGUUUUUAUGAAAAUGUGGUUUACACCAUGUAUAAAAAAUGACAGGAUUGGCAUACAGCGGAAAAUAAAUCAAAUAAUUGAUGUGGUAAAUACUGCUCAUGAUACUGGAACCACUUGGCUUGAAGGUCUUCUCAUGAGUAUUUUCAAACCCAAGGACAGUUUGUUAAAAUCUGAUGGAUGCGUACAAGAGCCCGUAAAAAAAAACACAGAACCUCCCCAGGAAAUUGUAUUAGCAUGUCAACAAUUAGCUGAUGGACUAGUUGACCGACUUAUUGAACUUGAAGAUACUGAUAAUGCGCGAAUGUUGGGUUGUAUUACUACAUUGCAUUUGCUAGCUAAAGUGCGGCCACAACUUCUGGUUAGGCAUGCUAUGACAAUAGAGCCUUAUCUCAACAUAAAAUGUCAUUCGGCUACAGCAGCAAAAUUUAUAUGUGCCGUUGCGGAUAUUCUUGAAAAAGUAGUGCCACUGGUCAACAAUGCCAGUGAAUCUUUCUUAGCAUCUUUGGAAGAGCAUUUAAUGCUGUUGGUUGUUUCGCGCAACCAAGCUGAAGUUACUAGUUGUGUUUCUUGCUUGGGAGCACUUGUGAAUAAAAUUACACAAAACUUCAAACUGAUCCGUGAUUGUUUUCAAAAGUUUUAUCGUGUGCUUGAUGUUUCUCGGAAUCAAGUUAUACAGAAAAACUACAGUGUCGAUAAUAUUUACACACCAAGCUUUCGUCGGAGCUUGUUUACGAUCGGAAUAUUAAUGCGCUACUUUGAUUUUAAGACUCCUAUUGCGUUAGGUGAGACAGGUGGAGGACUUCCUAUUUCGAUAUGCGAUGACGUUUUCGAUUGUUUGAUGUUCUUCUGUAGUUGCGCAAAUCAGGAAAUACGAAAACAGGCACUCAUCUCACUUGGAUCUUUUUGCGUAUUAAAUGAUAACUACCUUACCAGAUGCGAGCUUAAAAAUAUGUAUUGUCAUAUAUUAAGCGCAAACACAAACGAUGCCGGGUUUAAAAUAAUCUGCAUGCGAAAUAUUUGGAUUUACUUAACAGAGUCUGAAAUGUUUAUGCACAACAAGGAAAAAGAAUGGGAAAAACAAUCAAAGCACGAAGAUCUUAAGGAAAUGAACGAUGUUACCUCUGGGAUGGCGAGUCGAAUAAUUCAACUUUACCUAGAAGAAAUUCUCGAAUGCUUUCUUAAUCGAGAUGAUAAUGUACGGUUGUGGGCUGUAAAAGUUAUACAGAUUGUUCUUCGUCAAGGAUUGGUUCACCCAGUUAGAAUGGUACCGUAUUUAAUUUGUCUGAGUACUGAUCCUAAGGUGGAGUCCGCCCACAGAGCUGAUGCUUUAUUGAAAGACAUUGAUAAAACGUAUUCUGGAUUUGUAAACAUGAAAGUUCAAUUUGGAUUACAACUUUGCUUUAAGUUACAAAAAGUUUUACAAAUAAAUAAUAGAGGGAGACUUGAAAUAAUAAGAGGUUAUGCGAGUCGUGGACCAGAUCAAGUAACAACAGCUCUAAACGACUUUCUUUAUUCUCUACUUCGGACUACUAAGCCACAAAGGCGUGCAUUGGUGCAAACAGUUACAAAACAAUUCGAUGACCAGAAAACAUCAUUACAACAAAUGUUGUACAUAGCCGAUAAUUUAGCUUAUUUUCCCUAUGUAGUUCAAGAUGAACCUCUAUAUCUUAUACAUCAAAUUGAUCUACUCAUCUCAAUGGCUGGAACCCAUUUACUUGCUACGUUUAAAGAACAUUUAAAACCAAAAGACAAAGAUGAAGAUGUUUUAGAAGAUGAUGAUGAUGUAGAAGAUCCACAGCUUCUCUUUCACCGAUUGCCCGAAGAUAUGACAGAAAUAAAAAAAUGUAUAACGUCCGCCCAAGCGUGUAUGCUUCUUUUAAUACUAAAAGAUCAUUUAAAGGACAUGUACGGAAUUACAGAUAGUAAAAUUGCAAGAUAUUCGCCAUCCGAACCAAAAUUAUAUGAAAAGGCUGUAACACGUAAAAACGUUGCUGACUUUAAUCCGAAAACAACCAUUGAUGUAAUUAAAAAACAGAUGUCACAACAGAUUUCGAUCACGGACAGCCAUUUUCCACUUUCCAGCGAGGAGAAACUGGACCUUGUGAUUAAGUACCUUGAUUUUAAGCAACUUAUGUUAAAACUGGACCCAGAGGAAGCAGACUCAGAAGCUGACGAAUCCCGCGAUAAAUCAGUUUUAAAUAUUUCAACUUUUUCCGACGGUGUAGUUAAUUCCAAUUCAACAAAAAAUGUUCAUACAACCAAUGAUGAAUGCUUUUUUAACUCUUCGGACGUAAUUGAUUUAUCCCAAGUCAGAAAAGUUUCCAUUUCACCUUCCAAACCGAGUGGCCGCAAACCAAACCAUGUGAGAAGCAAAAAAAAACGAAGAAAGCUGGAGUCGUCCGACGAUGAGACUAGUGACACAGAAAUUGCGUGAGCAAAAUAUAAUUUUCUAGUUUAAAAAUUUCUUUGUAUAAUUGAAUUGUUUUGGUACAUCUAUAUAUAAAAAGAACUUUGCUUUCUUAAGUAUAAAGUCAAAUUAAAAAAAAAUAAUAAUGUAUGUAUAAUAAAUAACAAAAUGAGAACACAAAAUGUUCCACUAUUAGCAAUAAUUUAUAACACAUAUUCUAUCGAUAUUUUAAGAUUCAAAUAAAAUUUGUAAGCCGAUAUAAAGUCGUUUUUCUGUAUUAAAUUGUAAUUAAUUGAAUUAAUAUUAUAUAUUUUAUGGUUUCAGUAAAAAUAAUAUUUUUGUUUUUAUAAAAAAGUUAAGUAAACUGAAUUUUUAACAAUAAAUGUUAUAUAUCAAAUCAUCUGCUCAACAGUUUAUCUUAUUAAAUGAAAGCUAGUAAUUAAUUUAUUUUUAAACUGAUGGAAUUUUUUUAGUUUAAGAAAAAUUUAAUAAACUUGAGUUUAUUUUACAUAAUUUUUAACGUAAGAACGUAAGAAAUCAUUCUUAAUUUGUGUAUUUUUAAUUUUAAGGUCAUUUUAGAUUCAGUAGAAAAAUUGAACUUCUUGUUGUAAUUGUGUUUUAUUUAUUUAAUUUAAGCUUAUAAAAAUAUACUGUCGUAUGUGGGGUUAUCUUGGCAUAUUGCUUUUAAGACACAAAUAAAAUAGCCUUAGAGAAGUGAUGAUCGUUUUCGAA